GUUGGAUUUUGCACUGGUAGUUGCAAAAGCGAUUUACACCGGCACUUCCCAACACUAAAAAACAAAGCAUUUUUUCUUUUUUUUUUAUCACUUACUGACGAAGCAACAUCUUCUUUGAACGUUCGCUUUAACGAGCGGUGCGAGGCAAAAGCAUUCAUUCCCCUGUAAGUUUCAACUUUGAGUUUCGCUCUCAAACUACAGGAGAUUUCAAUGGAGUCCGAAUCUCUGCAGGGCAAAGGCCGUUGCGGCAACUGGAAAUUGAUACUGAUAUUUACAGUCGCGAUCUUUAAUAGCAGGGGAUGCAAAGCAGCUGAGCACGUAGUAGGGGCGGACAGGGGAUGGGAUCCUCAAUCGGCUCACAACUUCCAGGAAUGGGCUUCCAGCAAAAUUUUCCGCGUCGGCGAUAAUCUCUGGUUUGCGUACUCGUCUGCGGUGCAGAGCGUGGCGGAGGUGAAUAGCCGUGAGGAAUGGGAGACCUGUGAUGUGAGCAAUCCGAUUCGCCUUUACAAAGGCGGCCUCGAUUCUGUGCCUCUGCACAGCGAGGGCAGCAGAUAUUUUGUUAGCGGCCGGGCGGAAGAUUGUCUGAAAAAUGGAAUGAAGCUGCACAUUAAUGUCGUUCCUUUCAAUACGAGCUCGCCAGUGAAUGUUAAAGCCGUUGCUGAGGCCCCUAAAUCUUCUGGAAUGUCUGUGUUUACGGCCUUCUCUUUCUUCUGUGCCUGUGUCUGUAUUUUCCUUUCACUUUCCCUUUCGUUUUCCCUUUGAUGGCUCCAUUUCACCUGAGGGAUUUGCUUCAGUUUCUGAAACUUCAGUUAUACGGACUUGACUUUAAGUUGACAGCUAUGGCUGCUACUGUUUAGAUGAUGUACGGUUUUAUGGGUGCUUUUCUUUAUUUUCUAUAUAAAGAAAUGAUAAUAAAGUUUGUUUUCUUAGCUGAA